AUGUCACAGAGCUACUCCAAUCAGACCGGUAGCGAUGAUUACAGCAAAGAGGAUGUGAAGCACAUCGAACAGGUGCCGUCCGCCAACAACGAACGCACCGUGUCCGAGGCUGCCUACGUCCAUCCGACGCGCACCGAACAGUCCGGUCGCUGGGGCAGGUUCACGCAAUACUUCCAGGAGCCUCCCAUCCCUGCGGGCGAGUUCAUCACCAAGUACCCGAAUCGGUGGUCGCGAUUCCGGGAGAUCAUUCGUCAGCCUGCGGCCGAGUUCCUGGGCACCAUGGUGCUCGUUACUCUCGGUGUCGGAAACAACUGUCAAGUCACCCUCGGUUCGAACCCGGCCAUCGCUCCCGUGGCCAAGGGGGCAUACAUCUCAACCACCAUGGGUUGGGCAGCUUCUACGGCGGUCGGUGUCUGGGUCUCGGGUGGUAUCUCCGGCGGGCACAUCAACCCUGCAGUCACCAUCGCCUUUGCCACCAUGCGCGACUUCCCGUGGAGGAAGGUCGGCCCGUACGUGCUCGCUCAGUUCCUUGGCGCUUUCUGCGGUGCGGCUUUCGUCUACGGCAACUAUCUGGGUGCCAUCGACAUCCAAGAAGGUGGGGGCGCACGUACAACUCCCGGAACGGCCAGCUUGUUCGCCACAUACCCUCUGGACUAUAUGACCAACAUCCGGUGCUUCUUCGACGAGUUCCUGGGCACAGCGAUGCUGCUCAUUGUGGUAUGUGCCGUCACGGACAACAACAACGGACCUCCACCUCCCGGUUUGGUGCCGCUUGUCUUGUUCAUCUUGCUAAUCGCCAUCGGGUCUGCAUUCGGAAUGCAAACUGGUUAUGCCAUCAAUCCCGCUCGUGACUUCGGUCCAAGAACAUUCACCGCGAUGGCUGGAUACGGGCGUGAAGUGUACAACUUUAAGAACCAGUACUGGUUAUGGUGUCCUAUUAUCGGGCCAAUCUGCGGUGGCAUUGUCGGUGUCCUUGCUUACGACCUCCUCAUCUACGUGGGCAGCGAGUCCGUUCUCAACAGGCCAGACAAGCGGGCUCGCCGCGUUCACGCACAUGCAAUGGCCGCGGAGAGGUCGAAGCCAGGCGUGGCUGGACCAGAGCUCGUCUGAGCAAAUGGACGUUGGGAGAGCUGGUACACACUGUAUGCGAACUCUGGAAUUUCAUUCAUAGCCUUGGUGGGCUUGAAUCAUGUUGUGACGCCCAUCUACGACUAUCUCUCGUACUGUACAAAUUAAUGAAAUGGCUUCAUACC